UUUUUAAAGCAGAUUUCUAUUGAAAGCUUGUUAAUACGUGAAAAACUGUUCAUGAGGAACGGUAAUAUCUAUCUUUAUAUUUAAACAAAACUACUGGUAUAAUAUGAGAAUAUUAAUAAUAAGCUCAUCCUAUCCGCAGUCAUUAUUGUAAAACACUGCACUAUCGAAAUAUAAAAUUUGGAGCGAGACCCAUUCACCCAUUACGUAGAUACUUGUGAAAUUUGUUUUUAUGCUGUUUGCAUUUAUGUGUGUACGCACUUAUCUUAUUUCACUCAACCGAUAUGGAAAAGAACGACACAGAAGAUUCGUUUGAACUAAUGCUAGAGAGCCUGAAUGAAAUUUCUCAGUUACUCGAUAAAAAGCCACUCUCUCAGGCGCAUCUUCUGUAUCUGGCCGUGCAUGUCAUUGCACUACACACUGGAUUCAUACCGGAGAAUUUAUUUAUGAAUAACUUGAAAAGUUUAUUUCCUGUGGAUUCAUGGUCAACAUUUCACAAGAAGAAUGUAAAGAUAUGUUGCUGUCAACAGCCCACUUAUAAAUACGAUUCACCACAUGAAACAUAUUUCACUGAAAAUUUCAUCACAAGUGUUAAAUUAGACCAAGAUGAUAUGAGUAAUUUGAAGACUGUGCUAUCUGCAAUAGUAACGGGUGACUUUAUGUUGAUCACACUAACACCACAUCCUUCGACACAAUUGUUGGGUCGCAGCAGCUGUCUAUCCAUUGGGCGUUACGUAAUAUCACAUUCAGAAAAUCGGCAUUCAAUAGAAAAAUGCUAUCAGAAGUUAGAUCAACUGCGUUUGCAAUUGCGCAAUGAAGUACUCAUGCCGAUGCGUAAUAGUCAGCUGACUUUGAUAGAUGCUUUUCCGCAGCCGAGCUUUUUGGGAAUUCCACGAGAGCUUCGAUUUCGGAUAUACAAGUAUUUACUCCCAGUUGAACGCGUCAAGCUUGGGCAAGUAAAUAAAUCCAUAUCCGAGGAAAUAUUUAUAUUUACAUCGACAAUUAUAUCGAAGCUUUCUUAAUGCUUAUACUGUACAUACAUUCAUAUGUAAUAACAAAAGCUAUUGAAAAUAAAAACAAUACAAAUUAA